ACCGGGAAUUGUAAUUUGUUAUUUGUUAAAAUUGAUUAAACCAAACAAAAAUUGAAAAUGGGCCCUUCAGAGUUUAAAUUAAACAAUCCGCCCGAGGACCUAAUAUCGGCAGUGAAAUUCGGUUCCAAGUCGAAUCAGUAUAUGGCAGCUUCAUCGUGGGACGGGACGCUUCGCUUCUACGAUGUGGCGGCAAACUCAAUGCGCCAAAAAUUUGUACAGGAUGCGCCUAUAUUGGAUUGCGCCUUCAUGAAUAUUGUGCACGUGGUGAGUGGUGGACUGGAUAAUCAACUGCGUAUGUACGAUGUGAAUACACAAGCUGAAACUCUGGUAGGUGCCCACGAUGAACCUAUACGCUGCGUGGAGCAUGCCGAAUAUGUCAAUGGCAUACUGACCGGCAGCUGGGACAAGACAGUCAAGCUGUGGGACAUGCGCGAGAAGCGCUGUGUGGGCUCCUUUGAACAGAACAAUGGCAAGGUUUACUCCAUGUCCGUCAUUGACGAGAAAAUUGUGGUGGCCACAUCUGAUCGCAAGGUAUUAAUUUGGGACCUGCGAAAGACGGAUAGUUACAUUAUGAAGCGCGAAUCGUCGCUGAAGUAUCAAACGCGCUGUAUUCGCUUGUUCCCCAACAAGGAAGGCUAUGUGAUGUCCUCCAUUGAAGGCCGUGUGGCCGUUGAAUACCUUGACCAUGAUCCUGAAGUACAGCGCCGGAAAUUUGCAUUUAAAUGCCAUCGCAACAGAGAUCAUAACAUUGAGCAGAUAUAUCCGGUUAACGCAGUCAGUUUUCAUAACAUUUAUCACACAUUCGCAACUGGAGGCUCCGAUUGCAUUGUCAACAUUUGGGAUGGUUUCAAUAAGAAGCGUCUGUGCCAGUUCCACGAGUACGACACGUCUAUAUCAUCGCUUAACUUCAGUGCCGAUGGAAGUGCACUCGCCAUUGGCUGUUCCUACUUGGACCAGUUCACAGAGACGCCAGCCACAGUGCCAAAUCCGGCUAUUUAUAUACGUUACCCGACUGACCAGGAAACAAAGCAGAAAUAAAUGCGCUUCCUUUUUAUUGACUAUUAAUCUAAUGAUGAAAUACAUU